CCUAUUCCGUCUCUCAAACGCCGCUUGGCGCGCGACCUAGACGCCGACGGUCCGUAUUACUCCUUUGCCAUUGCUCCAGGACCAGCGGCUUUGAAAACAACAACCACACGACACCACGAUCCGCUUACCACAUCACCAUCUGCCCCAACUAUUUUCUCCCUUGUUGAUUUGCCUCGAUUGGCAUCCCAUUGAACCACACAUCGGCCCUCUUCCUCUACUUUUUCUCUUCCUCCGUCCUUAACGCCGUCGCUCCAUCCUGGGACGCCGUCUCAUGAUCGCUGAGCUAACUCAAGCUGGCUCUCCAGAACAGCACUUGCGCGCACAGCUCGAGCUCCUCCAGAACCACGAUUCCGCUGCCUCGUCCGCCUCGCCAAACCCGAGCGCGCGCGAUCCCCGAGCUCCGUCGCGGCCGCCGAAUGGAUACGACGUCCUGGCGCCUCAAGACGUCUCCCGCCCUCUCGCCAAGCUAGACGCUGAAGCGCACAUCCACCCCGAUCUUCGAGCUUCCGUCGGCCACGCGCCCGCUGCCAACAUGAUGCCCAUGGUGCCUCCCGCCGGCCACAGCCCUGGCCCUGCUGGUCCCGGACCUUCGGCUGUGCCCCUGGCCCCCGCGCCGCCGCAGCAAAUGUCCAUGGACGACUCCAAUCCCGCUGAUGGCCGCAAGGCGAAGCGCGAGCUGUCGCAGUCCAAGCGCGCCGCCCAGAACAGAGCUGCACAGCGAGCUUUUAGACAGCGCAAGGAGGGCUACAUCAAGAAGCUGGAGCAGCAAGUUCGCGACCUGGCCGACUUGGAGCACUCGUACAAGUCGAUGCAAUCCGAAAACUACGCGCUCCGCGAAUAUGUGAUCCACCUCCAGUCCCGACUGCUUGAUACCCAGGGAGAAUUCCCACCGCCCCCUCCCAACGUCAACCUCUCGCAGCCCUCGUCUGCCGCGCCUCCUCCGCCCAGCGUCCCUGAGCACCACCAGCAGCAGCAUCAGCAGCACCACCAGCCGCCCCCGCCACCGCAGGCUACCAACAGCAGCAACUCUGGCGUCGGCACCCCUCUCGAGGCCGUCGCACAGGCCGUCGCUGGCCUCGCUGCCCAGGAGCAGAUGGUCGAGCGGUCGCAGACAUACCCUAGCCCGCCUUUCAAGACUGACCCGGCAGGCGAGCAGGAUAACACUCCUCGUCCCACUGCAGACGACUUGAACAGGUCAUUGAACCCAGAAGAACGACCAAGCCAGCCCUAGAAACAAGAGCUUGACCGAGGCUGGAUUUUAAAAAAAGAAAAAACUACCUACUUGGUGACCAAGAAAGCGUUUGUCUAUUCUUCCUCUAUUCUUUCAUUUUAAAGGGCUAGUUCUUGUUGGUGGCGUUUGAGGGCUGUCAUCGCGUUGUAUGUGCAGAU